AAUGGAAGAGGGAAAAGGAAGAGUUUGUGUUACCGGUGGUACUGGCUUCAUUGGUUCCUGGCUCGUCAAGAGACUUCUUGAGGACGGCUACUCAGUUAAUACUACCGUUAGAUCCAACCCAGAACACAAGAAAGAUGUGAGCUUCCUUACAAAUUUGCCAGGAGCGUCUCAGAGGCUGCGAAUUCUGAAGGCAGACCUAAGCGAGCCAGAAAGUUUCAAGGAAGCCAUUGAAGGGUGCAUUGGAGUUUUCCAUGUGGCUACCCCGUUGGAUUUUGAGGAAAAGGAGCCUGAAGAGAUUGUGACCAAAAGAUCCAUUGAUGGAGCAUUGGGUAUUCUGAAAGCUUGCCUUACUUCAAAGACUGUGAAGAGAGUCGUUUACACUUCCAGUGCCUCUGCUGUUGAUUAUCUUGGCAAAGAAGAUGAAGUGAAGGAUGAGAGCUCAUGGACUGACGUGGAUUUGCUUAGAACUUCGAAGACAUUUGGAUGGUCUUAUGCAGUUUCUAAGACAUUGACAGAGAAAGCUGUGCUUACAUUCGGAGAACAAAAUGGAUUAGAUGUUGUCACUUUGAUUCCCACUUUUGUUGUUGGACCCUUCAUCUGUCCUAACCUUCCUGGUUCUGUUGGUUCAGCACUCUUUUUUUUACCUGGCAUGAAGGGCCCAUAUAGAUAUCAGCAAACACCUAUGGUUCAUGUUGAUGACGUGGCAAGAGCACAUAUAUUUCUGCUUGAACAUCCCAAUCCAAAAGGGAGAUAUAAUUGUUCUAAAUGUUUGGCAACCAUUGAAAAAGUGGCUGAAAUAGUGUCUGCUAAACACCCAGCAUUUAAGAUACCACCCAUGGAUUCCUUGGAAAAAAGCAGUGGCGUGAGAUUUCUAGAUCUGUCAUCUAAGAAGCUCAUAGAUGCUGGAUUUGAGUACAAGUAUGGGCUUGAGGAAAUGUUGUUGGAUGCAAUUGAAUGCUGCAAAGAAAAGGAUUAUCUGUAACUAUUAUAUAUAUAUAUAUAUAUAUAUAAUAGUGUUGCGUCAGACUAGCCUGUCAAAAAAUGGUGUAUGUAAGGUGUUCAAUAAUAAUAUGACCAAUAUGUAAAUGGCCUUGAAGAAGUGAGAGGUUAGGGGCUACGGGCUAUUAGUGCCUACCCCUCUAAUUCACAAAAUAUAUAUAAUAAUAUGGUGAUAAGUGUUUAAUUUUCGUGUUGGAAAAUACAUGUGUGCGAUUGUAAAUUAAAUUGCAUUACAAAUUUUGGUUCA